AUGUUGUGGUCUCGCAGCCUGCUGACGCGGUUAGGAACAAGAGCGUACAGUACAGGGAAACUUGCCUCCGAUGCUUUUACCAAGGAGGCUGCAGGCAGCCGUGCGGAUCGUCUUGCGAAGGCCACGCGUUUUUUGGCCGCGUUAGAACCAGCCGACCGGUAUGCCGUCUCCUCUAUGAUCCGAGUCGAUCAUGCUGGGGAAAUUGCAGCGAAUACAAUCUAUGAAGCACAAGCAGAUGUGUUUGGGUUUCAAGGAAAGAAAGCGACAAAAGAAUUGAUCCUAGAUAUGUGGGACAAUGAGCGCAAGCACCUGCUGGCCACGUCCAAUAUGCUGGAUGAAUACAAAACGCGUCCUUCCGCGCUCGUGCCCCUGUGGUCUCUAGCGGGUCGUGUACUGGGUGGCGUGACAGCAGUGCUGGGUGAAAAGAGUGCUAUGGCUUGUACGGAGGCCGUAGAAACGGUGAUCGGAGAGCACUAUGAUGACCAACUAUUGCAUUUGAAGCAGAUCGGCGAGAAACUGGCGCAACAAUAUACGGGUAAGGAGGCUGAGGAGAUCAAGGAAUCCAUUGCGCUCCUCCGCGAUGUACUUAUUGAAUUUCGUGAUGACGAAUUGGAGCAUUUGGAUACAGCUGUUGAGCAUGACUCGCAACAGGCACCUGCCCACGCAUUGUUGUCCGCUGUGGUCGAGUAUGGGUGCAAGGGUGCUAUUGAAAUUGCAAAACGCGUUUAA